AUGAAUGGAGACGCAAGCUCAAAUACAGGCAGCUACUAUGCACAGCAGAAAGAGGGCUUCGCCAACGUCGCAAGGUGGCUGUCUCUCGACCGGGACAACGAGGCCUUUAUCUACCGUAGAUUCAACGAGCUUUCCGCGCGAAAUAUACUCUAUCUUCAAUGUGAACUCUUGGAUCUCGAGAAGAAACUCAACGAGCUGGAUAAACGAGAUGCAAGCAGCGAUGAUAUGGAUUUGAAGGAUGCGGCGAGGACGUGGGAGACUUUUAUACAGCGGUUCGAAAAGGGCAAUAGUGAGGCCGUGGACCGCAUGGAGUUGAUCACCAAGCUGCGCGCUAAAAUUAAGGAAUAUCAUGAAACACUGCUGCUGCAGGGUGAAGUCUCAAACCUCAAGCACCCCAACAAACGCGCACUUGAGGGGUACAGAUACUGGUUCUCUAAACCAUAUCCCGCUCUUGGGGGAGUAGCAAAGACGGCCCUGGAUAAUGAAGAUGACCUUGUUGCCCUGAAUACGCCACCAGAAAAAGACCAUCUAUCCAGGGUACUGCGACGACACUGGCCAGCUAAGGAAGAGAUAUCUCGAGACGGACUCCACCGCAUCGGCCGAUUCGACGAGGCCUCCAUCUCCAUGGCCGUCGCCAUCAUCAACAUCCUCGUGGCGUCAUUUCUACUCAUCGGGUCAAUAAUCGGCCUCUACUUCGCGUCCAACGACGCGCUGAAACUCGCUCUGAUUGCUGCGUUUACGGCCCUGUUUGCCCUAAGUAUCGGCCUAAUGACGAAUGCGCGCCGCGCAGAGAUAUUCGCUGCGACCGCCGCAUAUGCCGCUGUCCUUGUUGUCUUCGUGAGCGGGGAUAUCUCAAGUUCGAGUCCAGGUUCCAGGUAG